UGUACCCUCAGCAUCACUUCAGCUUCCGGUUUCGCAUGCGUAGAUAAAUGAAAACAUGGCUGGAAGAUAUGGAUUUGCACAGUUCUUUUCUAGAGACAAAGUAAAGACAUUUAAACCAAAGAAGAAGUUUGAACAGGGUACUCUCAAAUUUAACCUCCAUAAGCAGGCCAAUGCAUCACUGAGCUCCGGUAUAGAUCUGAAGGAGGUUGUCAGGUUGCCGCCACAAGAAGAUUUAAAUGAUUGGAUUGCCGUGCAUGUUGUAGAUUUUUUCAACAGAAUUAACCUGUUAUAUGGUACUAUAUGUGAAUACUGCACUGAAGAAACAUGUACCACAAUGUCUGGUGGUCCUAGAUAUGAAUAUCAGUGGUGUGACACAGACAGUGUGAAAUACAAAAAACCAACAGCAUUACCAGCUCCUAAAUAUAUAUCAUUGUUGAUGGACUGGGUAGAAUCCCAGAUUAAUGAUGAAAAUAUAUUCCCAGUAAAAGUUGGAGUACCAUUCCCAAAGAAUUACUUACAAGUGGUAAAGAAAUUACUGACCCGACUAUACAGAGUUUUUGUACAUGUGUAUAUACAUCAUUUUGAUACAUUAGUUGCCUUAGGUGCUGAAGCUCAUGUGAACACGUGCUAUAAACAUUUCUAUUACUUUGUGGUGGAAUACAGCUUAGUAGAUAAGAAGGAACUGGAGCCUUUACGAGAAAUGACCGAGAAGAUGUGCCUCUGAUGGUCAUUAACCUCCCUCUGAUGGCCUUUUACAUCCUUUAUCUUUACAGAAAGACAUGACGGCAAGGAUAUGUCACUAACAGAUUUUAUCAGUUUGUUAAUAAUUGAUUGUUAAGAAUAACAAUAAUAAUGUUACGUUGAUUAUGAAGAUGCAUCGAACCAGGCAAUCAUGUAGAAAAAGAAGAGAGUAAAAAAAAAAAGGUUUUUUUUGUAUUUUUAAAACGGGAUAUCUGUGAAAUUAUUGUAUUCUUGGGAACAAUUUUAAAAAGGGAGAUUAUAGGACAAUUCUUUUAGAUUUACAUUAGAUUAUUUUCAAUAAUUUAUCUCUCAAUUUUGAAUUGAGUUAUAGUACUUUUUUAGUAAAGUAUUCUGGGAAGUUAUGUAAAUAUUUUUUGGGUGCUAAAAAUAGAGUUUCAAAAUUGAAAGGCAGCAUACAUGAUUGUCUGGUUUGAACUGUUCAUUUGUUGAAGAGAUGCUCGUAUUAGGACUAGUCAGGGAAAUAUUGUAAUUUUCUGUAUUUAUAUCUCCUUGACAUGCAACUUGUAAACUUAAAGAUAUGUAUAAGGUAGAAUAUGGACAUGUUCAGUAUUUAAGUUUAUUUUUUAACACAUUUUAUGUUCUAGCAAAAAAAUCAUCUUGACAAUUUCAUGACUUUUGCUUAUUGAAUUUGCAAUAGGAAAUAUCUCUGUAUGGUCAAAGGGAGAUAAUUGAUAAAAUAUUGAAGUACAAAAUUCUAUUAAACACUAUUAAAAAACUCAUUGAUUAAUUAUCCUUAAGUUUUUAACUUUUUAAAACUUUUUUAUGUUAUGUUUUUUCUUAGAAAUUUGUUGAUGUAAAUUAUUUUUGUUGCUGUUAUUUAACUUGAAAUUUAAAAAAAAAAUAUUUUGUUCUGCUAUCAUUUUGUUUCCAGUUUGUGCCAGUUUUUAAUCUGUCUUAAAUCAUUCAUGCAUAUCCUUCUAGUAUCUUUUUUUGUCAAUGAAGAGUUUCAUGUAGUGUUCACAUGUAUAAUUUAUAUGCAUAUUUCAUAAUUUUUCAUGUGUUAUAUUGUUUGUAUGUGUUUAUAUGUCCCAAUGUUCUUAUUGUCUCUAAAAGAAGAAAGAAAUCUACACUACAUGUACUAUGUAUGAGUUUAUUUAUUAAUGAUUAAGCUAUUUAUAGAUUUAAGUUAUUAUUUAAUGUCUAUAUGAAUCUCUAUUUCGAUGGUUUCAACCAGAUUUUUUAGAAACUUAGUUUAAAUGAUUGAUAAAAAAUUGUAUCAAUCAUAAUGAAGUAUUUAGAUACUAAAUUUCCAAAGAGUAGAAAUUUAAAAUGAACUUGACAUUUUAUAAAUGGGUAAUCAUGUGUCCUGUUGGAAUAAAUGAUAGGGUAAUUUCUUUUUGUUUGUUUGAAACUCACUUUCAAAAAUUAUUGAGAGCAACAAAAGACUGAUAUAUGAUUCAUAUUCCUUGCUAUAAAAACUAGUGAAGUGAACAGUAGAAUAAAGGAUAUGAACAAAAGAAAGAAUUCAAGUUUGUUUAAAAAUUUAAACAAUAAAUGUAUCUAUGACAUGAUAAAAAAAAGUCACUUAUACACAUUUUGAUAAAAAAUACAUUUCAUUUUUAUUUUCAAGUGUUUUUUUUUUACCCCAAAUAUAGAUCACAUAAUCUUAAUUUGUCAACUACAGUAUUUGUCCUUAUACAUUUAUACAAACAAUUAUUCUGAUACUUUACUUGUAGGAAUUAAAAGAGGAAACACUAACAAAUAUAUCUAAAUCUCUCCUCUGAAUCAUAUAAUUUUGUUCAAUUUAUAUUUUUUAUGUGAGAAAGGAAUGGUUCUUUAGCAUACAUUUUCUCUUGCAUAUACAUGAUUAAUUCCUUGCCAUUAAGAUGAGAUUAAUUUAUUUACCGGUAUAUUUCUUUUUUAAGUUAUUUUAGUUUUCUCAAAUAGGGAAUAAAAUGUAGGUAGUGCUACUGCUUUUUGGGUUCAGGUUUUUUAUGUUGCUUAAAGACCUGCUAUUGUAAUUACAAAUGCAUGUCAAACAUUUUUUAGUAAAAUGACAAAUGUAUCAAAUGUAUAUGUAAAAAAUCUUUUGACAUUAUAAGAAAGUU